GUGCGGGUCCGCCAUUCACAGGCGUCCGCGAGCGCGGGCGGGGCGGCCGGGCCGCCUGGCACAAUGGACCUGGCGGUUCCUAGGACCCAGGCUCAGGCCCAGCCGCCGCCACCCGAGGCGGUGAGCUCAGAAGAGGAGCUCUACGACUGCAUCGAUUACUACUACCUGUGUGACUUUCCGGCCUGCGGUGCCCGGCGCAGCAAGGGCCGGACUCGGCGCGAGCGGGAACUGCGCACCAACUGGCCAGUGCCUGGUGGCCACGAGCGCAAAAUCGCACAGAAGCUCCUCAACGGCCAGCGCAAGCGUCGCCAGCGCCAGCAGCAGCCCCGGCCGCGCUCUCGCCUCGCCUGAACGCUGGAUACCCAAAAGACCUGAUAAAAGUAUUUUCGCUGACUCCCACCGUAACUGUAGUUCUAAGGGGGAGAGAAUCCGUGUUGGUCAACAAUUUCUUUUCCACAUCACUCUCCUGCAGUAUCUUCCUUAAUGACUGUUAAUUGUAACAUCCCAGUGGGUAUGCCUUUUUAGGGUUUUUAAUUAAAAGAAACAGCAAGAAUGGCAUUUUAACUCUUCUGGGUUUUUGUUUUUAAUUAUCAUAACUUUUCAAAUCCACAAAUAUUUGAGUUCUCAAAUGUGUGAAGAGGUCGCAAAGAUGAAUGAGAGAACAAAGAUUGGAAUUUAUACAAGAUUUCAACCCAAGUGUCAGAGACUACUGUGUAGGUUUAAUAUGUUUGUCCAAAUAGGAAUAUUUUAUAUAAUAGUGUCUGUUGAACUUAGUUGCUAGGUUCUCUGCACCCCUCAUCCCAUGACAAUCCUUUUGAGGUAGAGGCUGUUGUGCCAUUUUUAUAAAGGGGAUUCUUGAGGCUCAGAGAGUUCACAUUACUUUCCAGAGGUGACACAGCUGGUUAGAAAGACUAGCAUAGGGCCCGCUCUGUGGCUCAGGUGAUUGGAGCGCCAUGUUCCUAAAGCCAAGUCGCCAGUUCGACUCCCACAAGGGCCAGUGAACUCGCCCUCUACAGCUAAGAUUGUGAACAACAACUCUCCCUGGAGCUGGGCUACCAUGGGUUGCCAUGAGUGGCCAGUGGCCAGUGUGAGUGGCUGGCAGCCAUUGUGAGCGGCCAGCAGCGAGCUGCUGUGAGCUGCAGACCUUCGACUGGCUACCCACUGCCUUACUCAGGUGGAGUAAGGCUCAUAAUACCAGCAUGGGCCAGGGAGCUAUGUCCUACACAACUAGACUGAGAACAACGGCUUGAACCAGAGUGGGGAGAGGUGGAAGAAGGGAAAAACAAGAAGGCCAGCAUAACAGAUACAAUAAAGCAUUCACUCCUUCCAGUGUCACAGCUUUCCUCAGCUGUAGACAAUGUUCUGUGGUUCAGAACCACCCACAAACUCCAUGUCCAAGGACAAGAGUUGAGUUUUAGUUAAAAAAUUAUGCAGAAUAUGGCAGGGUUGUUUUUCUUUAUCUUCAGUCUGCAUUUAGUCAGGACUCUGCAUCCAGUGGUGAAUCCUUGGUUAGGAGAAAAGGGUGGUGUACUGGAAGGAGCGCCCCAAAUUUUAAUCCCAGCUAUGACCUCAUUGCUCUGGCUGUCAGCAAACUUCUGAGUGAUAACUCCUUUCAAGUUCCACCAAGCUUCAGGUUUCUCACUUGUUAAGAUGGGAAUAAUACUGGAUUAUCUUGCCAAACUGUGGAUUACAGAUAAAAUAUAUAAAACAUCUGACACAGUUAAAGGCACAUAAUAGGUACUCAAUAAAUGGUAACUUUUUAAGCUUACCCUCCUUUCCCUCCUCUCUAGUCACAAAGUCUUAAAUGAUUUCAAUCACUGCGUUUAAUUCCUUUAAAAUAUCUCCCAAGAUCCAGGCAGUGUGGUAUGGUUGGAGUCCUGACUUUGGAGUCAAACAACUCUACUGACUUGGGCAAUUUGCUUAAACUCUAAGCAUGUUUUCUUACCUAGAAAAAUCGGGAUAAUACAGUACCUAUUUUAAGAGUUCUUGUAAGGCAUAAAUGGAAUAAUGUAUGUAAAGCUCUUAGUGUCGGUAUAUAAUAGGCAGUCAAAUAAUUAGUAAUGUUUCCACUGCCACUGUCUUAGCCUUCAGGACUUUUUCCUUAUUCCUAGUGUCCCUCUGCUAUGUCUCAGACAGUAUGUCUAGAUUAAUCUACCUGAAGACCAUUUUAUCGUAUAAAACCCUCAAUAACUUCUCUAACCUUAUAGGGUAAACGCCUAUAUUCCUUAUAUUGGAAUCAUCUAUUGGAUUUUCUUAAGUUUUGACCUACAACUUCCAAAAAUACACUGGUUCUUGACAUAGGUCUUUCGUCCUCUAAACUCACCAUAAUUAUGCUUCUUCAUUU